GAGAGUCCUUUAUCAAAUAAAACAUGGGACACAUGUGCCGUUGUUGGGAGUGGUGGGAUCCUGACUAACAGCAGCUGUGGAAAUGCGAUCGACUCGGCUCAGUUUGUCAUCAGGUGCAACCUCCCUCCUGUGGACAACGGAUACGAAAAAGAUGUUGGUAUCAAGACUGACCUUGUUACAGCAAAUCCGAGUAUCUUUGUAAACAGUUAUGGGGCUCUGAUGGGACAACGCCGUCCACUUGUGGAGAGUCUGCGCAGCUAUGGAAACUCCCUGCUGCUGCUUCCUUCCUUUUCCUAUACCUUAAACACUCCUGUGUCCAUGCGGGUCUUCGAUACCAUCAAGGACUUUGACAGCCCCAUCAGACCCGUCUUCUUAAACCCUGAAUAUUUCCGGAGUCUGCACCUGUUCUGGAGCUCUCAGGGGAUAAAAGGACAGGGAGUGCAGCUUAGCACUGGCAUCAGCAUGGUCAGCCUGGCGCUGGAGCUCUGCAACAAUGUUCAUCUGUAUGGAUUCUGGCCCUUCAGUAUCCACCCAUAUAGCCUCCACAACCUCACUAGUCACUACUAUGACGACAAACGACCUAAAAGAAUAGUCCACGCUAUGCCGACUGAGUUUGAGCUCCUGCUGCAGCUGCACAGUCAGGAUGCAUGA